UCUUUGUCGACCUCACUGAGUUGCAUCUCGAGCCUUCACGUUAUUCGCUGAUAUGGACUCGUGGCGCCGCAGGGGGCAGUCUGAGAGCCCUGUUCUGGCUCCCAUCUCGCAAUGCACUGGGGCCAAGGACCAGAAGAUGCCGGGGUGAGCUGCUGCACUAUUGCGUCAGUAGAUCUCCACACCACAGCCAGCUUUGCAUGUUAAACAAACGAGCUUUUGUUCUCGUCAAAGAAGGGGCAGAGCAAGCACGAAUCGAUAGAUGCAAAAAUUAGGCCCAGCGAAUGCCCAGAAUCGUACAAGGCAACGGCGAUGAACUCUAUAACGGGAAAAUGGGACUAUCGUUGAUGGGGCCUUGGGCAGAGACAAUUUCUGAGUAGAGUUUGUCAGGCUGGUAGGUCUCAUGUUCUUCCUGGCUGCGCUUGACCCUCCAUCUGAAUGUUUCGCGUGGGAGGAGGGCCCGUCUCAUUGGGCCGCCAUGGUAGACUCAUCGUGUUUGGGGUCGUAAGGCAGGCAGACUGACUUGCCUCCGGUACUUGAUGGAUCAUUGGAUGGGUAUACCGUCUGUCUAUUGUGGUCAUUCGUUGAUGUCCACACCAGGCAAGAUUCCUCUGAAGUUGUCGAGUUUACGAUCAACGUUUGGACAGAGGUUCGAUCAGACUUGCUACAUACUAUUCGACGAAAGUGCAACAGGCGAAAAGAUCAUCGUUUAUCAGUCCCCGCUUUGCCCACUACAACAGCUUACCAGGUCUUCCCAUCUUGACAUUGCUCAAGCAGCCCAGCACCAGCACUGCCCAUGCCCAGCCCCUCCAUUAACUAGAGUAAGGUCAAGGUCACGGCUGACACCCUAUUGUUGGCGGGGGGUUCCCUCUCAUUAUUGCUGUCGGAUGACGACGUUCUGCUUUGCUUCCAUGCUCCGUCCUUGCUCGCCUGGGGCCUGAUUCUUGCGGCGUCUUGCGGCUUGCGCGCCAUUAAACCCACCUGACACUCAUAAACUCUUUUUUUCCUUUCUCUUCCAUUUCUCUUGGCUAUUGCUUUUCUCCUCCUCUCUUAUCACCUCAAAAACAUCGCAUUCUUUUGGGUUUGUAGUUUGCAGCUUUGCUUCUCGCUUGGCUCGUAACAAGACCUCACCAAGUCUGAGUCUCGUCGCUGGAACCCCACCUUGUUUGAAGUGUGACGACAUACCCUUUUGCAACUCUUUGUCGCAACCCAACAGCCUGCUGAAUUGAGUUGGCGCCCUCAAAAGUGCACCAAAACCAGCAUCGGUAUAUACACAUCCACAGAAAACAGCACUUUACUACACCAAAAUGUCCCGUGUAAGGGCUACUGAGUUCGAGGAGAGGGAUUACUACCCUGCUCCUCGACGUUCAGCUCCGGAGGGGCUUGAUGAAGUCGACUAUCGUCGUCGCACCGUUACCAUCAGCCCUCCCCCGCGAGAGGAAUCUCGUACACCCGCCUUUUUGCGAGAAGAUACUCGCCGAACAGAAGCUGGUCCCAUGGUCUUGCGCCAGCGUCAAGUAGAGACCAUCGACCGACACCGACCCAGAAGUCCCAGCCCAGUUCGCGUUCGAGAGGAACGCAUCAUUCGAAGACCCCGCAGCAUUUCACCCAGCAGCCAUCACUCGCACGACCAUGAGCAUGAGCGUUCUCGCACCAGAGUUUACGAGCGAGAGCGAGUCAGAGAACCCUCUCAACCACCUCCCAGGCGAGCUCCUUCGCCCGCCCGUGUUGUCAGAUACGUUGAGCGACCAAAGUCGCCUUCUCCUCCGCCCGCCCCUCCAGUUGAGGAGCGAGAGCGCAUUCGCACUCGCAUCAUUGAGCGCGAGAGGGCUCCUUCGCCCCCUCCGGUUCCCAAGCCUUCUCCUCCGCCUCCCCCGCCCCAGACUAUCCGCGGACCAACAAUCGAGCGAGAGGUUAUCACCCACUACCGGGAUAUCGACCAUGGCAUGAUCAAAGCUAGACCUCCUACUCCUCCUCCCCAGCCAAAGCCUCAGCCUCGUGCUCCUUCCCGAGUCCGAGAGCGUGAGACAGAUAUCGAUAUUUCUUUGUCAAAGAACAGAACUGAAGUAGAUGUUACUCGCACAUCGCGCACUCGUUCUCAAAGCCGAGAACGACGAUCCGACUACCGCGAUGACGAACUCGUGGUUCGACACGAGUCCGAAACAACCCGGCGUCGAGCCCAUUCAGCUGCUCCUCUGCCGACACCCAGUGCUGUGGACGAAGAAGGCGACUAUCUUACCAGCAAGAUUGACUCUCGCGGCCGAAUGGGUGAAGCCUGGGGCGGUGCUACCAAGGACUGGACACUCGUUGAUGUUCCCCCAGGCACUGAGCGCAUCCGCAUGGAUGGAGUCGGCGGUGGAAGUACCGAGACAAACUGGACGAGGUACAGUGGUUCCAGGAAGAGCAAAUUCAUUCCUGAGAGGGAUGGCGCUCCUUCACCUGCUCCUGCGCCCAUGCCAAAGCCCAUUCUGAAGGACCCGUCACCCCCAGAUACUCGUGACCGCGUUAAUGUUUCCAUUUACGAUCGCGAGAGGGAAAUUGAUAUCGAAAGAACACGAGAAACGCGUUCUCGACCUGCACCUCCACCACCAAAGGAUAUGUGGACUGAGAUCACCAAGGACCUCGUUAUCCGUGAGGCUAUUGAGAGCUCUGGGUAUGAAUACGAAGAGACCAAGGAGUUCUACUACAUCAUGGACUAUCUUAAAUACGUAAGUCGUCACCCAAAAAUGACAACGACCGAAUGCUAACAUUUGCAGGACGACGUUCUUCGCCUAGUUGACAUUUCCGAUGAGAUCCGACGAUCUCGAAAGCAGCGCGCGAGAGAGCUGGAGUAUGAAAGAGAAUACCAAUUCGACUAUGAACGCGAUAGUCACCGACACAGCCACCCUCGCUGGGACGAGGUAACGGAACGUGAGACGUUUUAUGACACUCGCCCACCCCGAGGCUACCUGCGUUAAGUCUGCUUUUUUACUGGCGUUCUCAUUCAUGGUCACCUUUUGAAGGGCAGCGGAGGUUUUCUUUUUGGGUAAUGGAUACCUUUUUUUCCAAAGCAACUACAGACAUGUACUGGUGUCGUGAAUGAUGUUUCAUAUUGGGCAACUAUUGGUUGUACGAAUUUACGAAAUCAAUCAUAUACAGCGGAUGAAACGAUAUGAGUUUGUACGGUAUGGAAUGGAUGUAUGUAGAUGCUUGGUUGAAACGCAUAAUUACGACUUAUGACAAGAAAUAAAUAACGACAACCUUUUCAAUACGCACAUUUAUAUUCUCCCGUUACGAUGCUCCUUUGGAGGCAGAAGAGCAACAAGAAGAAGAAGUCUCGUGAUUGAGGGGCUGCCUGUUGGGACUGGUGACCUCAUGGUCUUCGGACAUCCCGCUGCCUACCCCUCCAUCGAGGGGCAUUCUACGAGACCCACGUCUAACCAACAUGGAUCGCAGACUUGACAAAGUAAAUAAGAAUGAUAAGUUUCAACUCUUUUUACUCACGGGAGUUGAUCCCGACUUAUUAGUGCCCGGCGGUCCUUCAUCGCGAACCAAGUUAUUCAGGAUUUCUUCUUUUCCGGCAUGCAUAGAUGCCCGGGUAAUGAACGAGUAAUCGGUGUUGCAAUACUACCUCACCGGUAUUUGACCCCUGGACUGCGAGAUGUCAUUGGCCUCUUAUCCCGGCCAAAUCGAAUAUCUGAUGCGACCUUGAGUUCCUUGAUUCGACCCUGUAAGGCUUGUGUUAUAGGGCCCUGCGUGUAGGCUUUCAAACGGCUGGCAGACUGGGAAGUCUGGCGCUUCUCGCAAACGAGGAUAGAGAUCCCUUGUUUGAUAGGUGGCUAGGGCUCAGGUAGGAGAGACACUGAAUAGAGACUUGUUGUCAUUAUUGUGUUGAUUUUUUGCAUUACCCUCCCAAGGUUAAGCAUAAAUAAGUAUCAUUGUACGAUGCCUACGACUCAAAGUGAGAGCAUGUGGUCUAACACUGAACAUACUUGUAUGGCAACAAAUAAGAGAUUGUAGUGUAUUUACUUAAGCUAGGGCCGGACUCUUGGGGCAAUCAUACCUAUUACUUACUAUUUAGUAUCUGAAUAACAAAGGA